AUGACAUGGUGCAAUGACUCAGACGACGAGAGGGCCAUUCAGAUUAUCACCCCUCCUCCCCCUCCUCCUCCUUCUCAUAACAAUAACGAAUUUCGGAACAUAACAUGCCCCUCUUGUGGCCACCACAUAGAAUUCCAAGACCAGGCAGGGAUUCAUGAUUUGCCUGGACUACCAGCAGGGGUGAAAUUUGAUCCAACUGACCAAGAAAUUCUUCAACAUUUGGAGGCAAAAGUGCUGUCUGAUACCAGAAAGCUUCAUCCUCUCAUUGAUGAAUUCAUACCAACCCUUGAGGGGGAGAAUGGGAUUUGCUAUACUCACCCAGAAAAGCUACCAGGAGUGAACAAAGAUGGACAAAUCCGGCACUUCUUUCACCGGCCCUCCAAGGCAUACACAACCGGGACUCGAAAGCGAAGGAAGGUUCACACCGAAGAAGAUGGAAGCGAGACGAGGUGGCACAAGACAGGGAAGACAAGGCCAGUCCUUGUUGGUGGAGCAGUUAAGGGUUUCAAGAAGAUCCUGGUCCUCUACACCAACUACGGAAGGCAAAGGAAGCCCGAAAAGACCAAUUGGGUGAUGCACCAAUACCACCUUGGCAACAAUGAAGAAGAGAAAGAUGGGGAGCUGGUGGUCUCAAAAGUCUUUUACCAAACGCAGCCCAGGCAAUGUGGUUCAAGCAUCAAAGAUGUUCCAAUGUUUGAUCACCACAAAGGUGUGAAUAUAAGAAGUGGGCAUGGGCAUGAUCCUCUUCCUAUAGCAAAGAAGGCUGGCCUUGUGGAGUAUUAUAAUCCUGGAGGAGGUUUUAUUAAUUAUGAUCACCAUAAUCUUCAUAACCAGGGGGGACAUAAUAGAGAAAGCCCACCUCAACUAAUCCCGAAUUUAGUUGUCCAAGGUGACGGGUCUUCAUUUAUUCGAUUAACUGCAGAUGCAAGCAAAGGAAAGCUUGAGAGAAAAUAG